AUGCCGUCAGCCACUGCAAAGCGCUCCAGGCAUAUAGCCUUUGAAGAUGUUGGCGAUGACGAUGGCGUCUCUGCCGACGAAGCAGCUUCCAGUUCUCGUGGAGAUAGUCAUAGGAAAAAGAGCCGCCUGUCUGACGAUGCGCGCAAUCACGGUUCGACCCGUUCUCGCCAUCAGCGUUCGGAAGCAAUGUCUUCGGACAAUGAUGACAGUGGGGUGGAGGAACCAAACUCUGCUUUAGGACUCCCACCAGCCUCUCAAUUCGAACAUGAUCGUGAUAUGAAUUUCGAGCACCUUCAACAUAUAGAAGACGAUGAUAUGCGAGCGACGCAGCGCCUCAAGAACCGGCCCGAGUUGAUUGGCGACAACCACGCAGCAUUAAAUGCUGUCAUUGAGCGGAUCGUUAUUGUGAACUUCAUGUGCCAUGAGCAUCUGAUUGUUGAACUCGGCCCACUUCUCAAUUUCAUAGUCGGUGAAAAUGGCAGUGGCAAGAGCGCCAUCCUCACUGCUAUUACCCUCUGCUUGGGUGGAAAGGCGAGUUCCACCAAUCGUGGUGCGAGCCUGAAGUCCUUUAUCAAAGAAGGCGAGUCUCAAGGAAGCCUCACCGUGAGCAUCAAAAACCAAGGGCCUGACGCCUACAAGCCUGAUCUGUUCGGCGAUUCCAUCAUUGUGGAGCGAACCUUUAGAAUCAAUGGCACGAGUGGCUUUAAGCUAAAGUCUGCUGCCGGUCGGAUCAUCUCACAGAAAAGGGAUGAUGUGCAAGAUGUCGUGGAAUACUACUGCCUCCAGGUUGACAAUCCCCUCAAUGUCCUGUCGCAGGAUAACGCAAGGCAGUUCUUAAACUCUGCCACCCCUGCGCAGAAGUACACCUAUUUCUUGCAGGGCACGCAGUUGCAACAGCUGAGCGACGAUCUUCUGCUCAUCCACGAGCAUAUUGAUGCAACCGAGGCCAAGCUUGCCGGUUAUGAGGACAACUAUCGGGCCAUCAAGGCAGACAUGGAGAAGUACAGAAAGCUCAAGGAGACCGCCACCAAGAACGACACAUUGAGGCACCAACAAAGGCUCUACGUCAAACAGCUUGCUUGGGCUCAGGUAGUGGAACAAGAGGUCAUUCUGCAAGAAAGGGAGAACAACAUCGUCAUGGCUAAUGGGGAUAUCCGGCGACUGGAAUUGGAGAUUCAAGCCAAAGCUGAGGAACUGGAGAAGCACGAUCAAGUCAUCGCGUCGGCCAGGGAAAAUGCUGAAGGGCUUCGUCAAGACGAAGCUCAACUGCAAGAGAAAAAGGAGGACGCCAAGGAGGCCUUCGACGAAGCCAAGAAAUCAGUGCAGCAAAUGCACACACAGGAACGUGAGGCCCAUGGCCAACUCCAGAAUGCUGCCAAUGACGUCAAAGAAUGCGAGCGAAAGAUCCGAGAAGAGGAAAAACGGCUCGAGGAAGCCAAUGGUGGAGCCGUAGCAGAAAAGUCGCAAGCUCUGAAUCAAGCGCGAGAGGCCUUCAAGGCAGCUACGAGGGCCAGGGAGGAGCACGGCGCCCAAAGCCAGCCACUUGAUGAAGCCUUUGCAGAGGCUGAGCGACGGGUUCAGGAAGCUACAAGGCCAGUCGAAGACAAGAGAAAGGAAGUCAAGUUUGCCGAAAACCGGAUGAUCAAUCUCCAGUCAAGUCGAGGAGACCCCAUGGCCGGCUUCCAUCCUAAGACCCGGCAACUUCUAAACCUCAUUGAAAGAGACAAUGGUUUCGCUACAAAACCGAUUGGGCCAUUGGGGCUUCAUGUUCAGCUGCUGAAGCCCAAGUGGUCCUCAAUACUUGAAAGUAUGUUCGGAGGAACAUUGGAUGCAUUCCUUGUGUCAAGCCCAAAUGACAGAACUCGUCUUAUAACUCUGAUGAAGCAAAUUGGCCACAGGCAGCCAACCAUCUACAUCAGUAACCCUGAUAGACUAAUCCAGCAGCUGAAGGAACCCGAUGAACAAUACGAUACUAUCUUGAGAGUGCUCAAGUUUGACAAUGACCAAGUCCGGAAUCAAUUGAUUAUGACUAAUUCAAUCGAGAAUAUUGUCCUCAUUGAAAAUCUUCAAGAGGCCCAUCGUGUCAUGAGCGAGGGCCAAGCACCCCGAAAUGCCAAGCUGAGUAUCUCCUUCCACCCUGUGAAGAGAGGCCAUGGCGUGACUAUCAAGCCUGGGCCCCAGGGUAGCUUGACACAAGAACCCAUCGAUGCCUCUGAGAGGAGACGUAUGCAAACCGACACGGAAGGCCAGAUCAAUUACCAGAAGCAGCUUCUUACGCAGUUGCAGUCGGAUUUGAGAGACCUCGAAGCCUCAAAGAGGGACCUCCAACAAAGAGCCGUGGAGUGUAGCCAGGCAGUCACACGCCAUAAAAGCCGGGAGGCCCAGCUCAAGAGAACUAUACGUGAAGCCGAAGCUCACGUCAAUGAGGCUACAGAGGCUCUUGAUGCGUACGACGGGACGGACUUGAGGCUGCAGGGCUUGCGCGAAGAGUUGCAGAAGGCUCGGGCAAACAAGGAGCAAUAUGGCCAGCAGUACGGAGAGAUUGUUGUUGAGAAGCAAGAACUGAACCUGGCUGCUACUGCAAAAAGGAAGAUUUUGGACGAUGCCCGGAACAGUGUUGCGACCUUCGAUGAGCGAAUCAAAAAGAUUGACGACAAGAUCGGACGCCUAGAGUCUGUAAGGAGCAUUACUGUUCAAGUCAAGAAUACAGCUCAUAAUGAUCUCGAGAUGGCUAAAGUGAGGAAGGAGGAGGCACUGACAAGGCGCGACAGGCAAAGGCGACAGGUAGAGGAGUACACUGAGAGCGCCAUGGGCGUCUGCCCGGAGCGAGUGUUCAUUCCGGAAGGGGAAACCUACCAAAGCAUAGAGCAAAAGUUCUCUGCUAUCAGGGAACAGCUGGAGAAAUUCAGGGCCCGUCACGGGAUGAAUGAGCAGCAGAUCAACGAAAAGGCCGCGCAGACUUUUGAGCACUACAACGCGGCAAGAAGAGCCCGACGCGAAUGCCAACUGGAUGUCAAAGCAAGCAAGGAUGCAUUGACGAGGCGAUUGGACAAGUGGAGGAUGUUUCAACGCAUGAUCUCGGCUUCUGCACGCACCAACUUUAGCUAUCUCCUGAGCGAGAGAUCCUUCCGGGGAAGGCUAUUACUGGACCAUGUCAACAAGAAGCUCGCAAUCGAGGUUGAGCCAGAUCAAACAAGAGAGGAGGUAUCCGGUCGCAACACAAAGACGCUUUCCGGUGGAGAGAAGUCUUUUUCAAGUAUUUGUUUACUGCUGGCCAUCUGGGAAGCCAUGGGGUCGCCAUUGAGAUGCCUUGAUGAGUUCGAUGUUUUCAUGGACUCGAUCAAUCGAAAGGUGGCCGCUGAGAUGCUGGUUUCGGCCGCUCGCAGGUCUGUCGGCAAACAAUUCAUCCUCAUUACCCCCAACGUCGUUGAAACGAGAGCGGAUUUUGGAAAAGAUGUAAAAGUGAUCAAAAUGGCCAAACCUCGCAAGGACAAUCGCAAUAUCCGGAGAUACAUGCAAAGUAACGGCGGCUCUUGA